AUCAUCUCAUCUUCAACAUCAAAACAAAUCAUGGAAAUGACCAAAAUUGUUUUAAUUAUUCAAUUUACAUUUUCAUUAACUUGUUUAUUGAUACAAUUUUAUGCUCUUUGUUCCAUACGAUGGGCAUCAUUUGAAUCACGUAUUGAACUUGGUUUGAUUGAAGAACAUGGCCAUUAUGGCCUAUGGUCAAUGUGUACAUAUCGUAAAUUGAUUCCAGCACAAGUUGAUGAUGAUGGCCAUAUCAUUAUGGAUUCAGAUUGUGAUUCAAUCGAUACAUAUUUUAUACCCGGUCAUCCAAGAGCUUUUAUUUCAUUUUUUGUUAUUUGUCAUACAAUGGCAUUGUUUAUUUUUUGUUCAAUGGUUUCAUUUCGUUUGAUUGAAUCAUAUUAUGAUACAUGGAAUAAUAAUAAUAAUAAUGAUGAUCUUGAAAUGAAUACAACCAAAUUGAAAAGAUUUUUCAUCAUUGUUAAUCGUUUGAUGGCCAAUCGAAUUCAAAUGCAAAAUGAUGAAGAAUAUUAUUUACGGACACAAAUUCGUAAUAAACUUUAUGCCAUAAGUAUAGCAGUAUUAUCAACAAUGAUAGCAUUGGCUGGAGCAUUGACACCACAACAAUCAUUAAGAGAAACAGAUUUACUUGGUAAUAUGGCACAAAUUAAUUAUCGAGUAUGGCGUGGACCAGGAUUCUGGGCCCAGUUGACCACAAUGAUUAUGGAUAUGUUAAUAACAACAUUGAUUGUGAUCGAAGUUCGUGUUGUAUUUGUUCAAUUUCAUCAUCAAUCGGCAACGAUUACGAUUCGGCCAAGCUGUACAGAUAAUGAUGAUGGGACUAAUGAGGACGAUGAUAUUGUUACCGUUAUCAAUCAUGAAAGCAUAAUGAAUGAUAAUUUAAUGGUUAAUCCAUUUUUUCAUAACUAUCAAUCUGGCAAUCAUCGAUUAAUGAAUAAAUCGAAAAAUUCCAUUGAAAUGACCGUACCGAAAAUGACAUCAAUUUCAACACAAACAUCUAUGGAACAUAAUGUUGAUGUUGGACAAUACAUAAAUUCGGAACAAGUGCGUCAGAUGAAAAAUCAAAAUAUUCAACAACAACAACAGCUACAAAGACAACAGAUGAAAAAAUUGGAUAAAGAAAUUGCCUAUUGUAAUCCAAUGUACAAAGACGAUUAAUGGCAUUGUAUGUAUAUCUUAUCUUAUCAAUGAUGAUUAAUUAAUACAACUGUAAAUAUUUCAUUUCGUGUAAUUUAUAAGGACAUGAUGGCCUUUGAAUUUGUAUUUUUUUUUUUUGUAAAUGAAUCAAAUAAAAAUCAUGAAUACUUGGA